AUGUCGCGUCCGCGACCUCGCAUCAUAUCCGGCGGGCAAACCGGAGCGGAUCGCGGGGCGCUGAUGGCCGCGCGCGCGCUCGGCGUCCCGUUCGGCGGAAGCUGCCCCAAGGGCCGGCGCGCGGAGGACGGGGAGAUCCCGCGGGAGCUGGCGGAGCGCAUGGCGGAGCUCCCGCAGGCGGAAUACUAUGGUGGUCGCGCCGAUGCUGCUGAACUGUGCGACGAGCAGCAGCAGCAACAGGAGCAUAGUGAGAGCAGCAAGGUGUGCUGCAGGCGGUGGCAAGGCAGAAUGGGAGCAUGUGAGGAGAGGGUGAGUGGCGUGGCGGAGAGGGUGUGUGUGUGGCUGGAGCAGCAGCAGGCGCGUGUGGUGAACGUGGCAGGGCCCCGGGAGAGUGAACAGCCAGGGCUCACUCGUGCUGCUGUGUGCUUCACCACUGCUCUGCUGCUGCGGUGGAAGGAGACAUUGCCAUAG